AUGAUCUAUGUGUGUCUGUGUCAUGUUUUAUGGUUCCUAGGUGUCAUCUUGAGCUUUGAGAGAUUGCUUUGCUUCUUGACCUUUUGCUCCUUUACAAACCCGCGCAACUGGCCUUCCGCGGUGUACGUCUUCCUCCCGCCGUCUUCGUUCAUCUUGAACGCUUCCAAGAACGCAAACGCCCACGCGUGCAUCUCCGUUUCGCUUGCCAUUGACAUGAAGAACCGACGUGACGGUGUUGUGAUCGCCAAGCACCAUGUUGUCGGCGGGUCCUUGGACAUCUUGGUCGGAACCAUCUCGAGCGAGUCCUUGGUACAACUCGAUAGGUCGAGGCAUCCCUUCAUCGGUCCGUGCUCGUGUUGGAAGUAG